UAAAGAGUCAGCCCCAAAAGGAUUAAUUUCUUUUCAAUGACAAGCAACCCAGAACAGAGAGUUAGAAUCCAGGCCCAGCUCCUAUGCUGGUGCCAGCACAGGGCUCUGCCCUUGUGGAGCCACUUGCAGGACUGGUCCCAACUGUGGGACUUUAGGUGAGUCACUCGGUUUGAUGUGGAAGGAGUCAAUGGGAGCUGCCAGUGUUCGCUACCUCCCCUAUUCCUCCGUGCCUCGAUUUCCCUACCUAUGAGAUAGUGAUAAUAUUUUCCUGACAGUGCAGCGGGUGGGAAGGGAGUCACCAGGCUGAAUUCGCUGAUGUCUGUCAAGCUGUUGAUCCUCGGCACAGGCGGCUUAUUGGCCGCAGUUAGGCGGUGCUCAGAGACGACGGUGAUGGGCGCAUUUAACCAUAUACCGAGCAGAUCCGGGGGUAGGGGCUCCCCGCGGAGUCUCCGCGCAGGCUGCACAAGCCCCGGCCGCAGGGUGCCACCCACACGGUGCGAUGCGCGCUGCUCAUGCUGCGGCCAAACCCUUCCGCUGCCAAGCGCAGCCCUGGAGGCUGGGGACCGCGCCAAGCCCUGCGGCUCGUGGCCUCCGCUCCGCGGCGUGAACAGCGGGCAGGACCCGCCCCCCGCGGGCCGGAGCCAGCGCUCCCCGGGGCAGGCACAGGGGGCGCCGCAGGGGUCACACCCAGGUGCGUCUCGCCUACAAAUCCCAGACACCUCCGCUCACGGUCCCUCCGCCACCCCAGCGGGGAGCGGCUGCCGAGCAGAGUCGCGCCCGCGGAGGCAGCGCUGCCAGGUGCAGGGCAUGGCCGCGCCGGAGCCGGAGCCGAGCCGGGCGGCCCUGCUGGGCUUCCUGCGGGAGCACGGCGGGCAGGUGCGGAGCGCGGAGCUGCGGGACCGCUUCAAGCCGCUGCUGGAGGCCGGCGAGCCCGGGGAGCGAGCCGCCCGCCGCGAGCGCUUCAAGGCGCUGGUGAACAGCGUGGCCGUGGUGAAGGAGCUGGACGGGGCCAAGUUCGUGGUGCUGCGGAAGAAGCUCCGAGCCCAGGCUGCGGGGGAGCCGGGCGCGGGAGCGCAGCCCCCCGAGGCGCCUCCGGAGGGCGCUGGGCAGAGCGGGGCAGGCGGGCAGGGGCCGCCCCCUGCCCCGCCGGCAGCCGAGGACUGGGAGAGCCGGUCCCCGAAGCCUGUGUCCGAGCUGAGGGGGCUGUUCCAGAGCCAGGACGGCGAGACGCCUGGGCCCCCCCCGGGGAUGGCUGGGCCCCCCAGGAGAGAGGCCCCCCAGAAGCCCUGCAUGUUGCCAGUGCGCUGCCCGCAGCCGGCUAGAGGGAUUGAGGAGCUGCCAAGGCAGCAGGAGCAGCUUGAGGACAGAGCCAGGCUGCAAGUGGGGACCCUGCUGGACGUCCCUGAGCCGGCCUCCCCCAGAUCCCCGCACAUGAAGAGGCGGCAGGUGGACGAGGCGGGUGCCAGGUCGCCCCACCUGCGAAGGGUGUCAAAGACUCAGAAGGUGAGCGAAGAAACCGGCUGCACUGCUGCUGUGCCCCUGGAAUCUCUGGAGCACGAAUGGCUGGUGAAAGCCACCGCCGGCCAGUGGUCCCAGCGGCUUCAUGGCCUCUUGCUGAGCGAUGCCAGUCUGGCAGGGAAAAGGGACUUCAUGUCCGGGUUCACAGCUCUGCACUGGGCAGCUAAGAGUGGGAACUGUGACAUGGUGGGGAAGAUCAUUGAAGUAGCCAAAAAAGGUGGCACUAAAAUUGAUGUGAAUGCCAAGUCCUACGGAGGUUACACUCCCCUCCACAUCGCUGCAAUACAUGGCCGAGAAGAUGUCAUUACCACAUUGGUCAAGACAUAUAAUGUCAAGGUUAAUCUGAGAGACUACAGUGGGAAAAAGCCACACCACUAUUUAAAGGAAGGGUCCUCUUAUGCAGUCAGGCAUCUGCUGGGUGAUCCUGAUCUUCACAACAGUGUUGGACAUGCCUUUCCAAUCAAGAAAAAUCCCAAAAUUGCUGCUUCCAUCUUGAGCUCCACCAGCACCUUCCUUGGAGUCUUAUCUGAUGACAUUCCCUUCUAUGAUCUAAGCAGGGGUUUGAAGAAGACUUCUUCCUUAAAUAAGCUCCUUAAUGCAUCUGCAGGCUCAAGGAAGAAGCCUAAGACUAGGGGGACUUUCCCCUCUUAUUCUUCUCUUGUUGAAGCAGUGGAGGAAGAGCAAGAGGAAGAGGCCACAGUGAAACACAGACCAGUUUCUGAGCUGUUCUUCAGUCACUAGUCUCUGUCUUCUUGAAAUCAAAGUAAUGCAAAUAAUGUAUAGAAGUUUUCUUGGGCCCAGAUCCGCAUGGAUAUUAGGCUCCUAACUCCCAUAGUAAUCAAUGAGAGUUAGGUGCCUAAAUACCUUUGAGGAUCUAAGCCCUGGUUGUCUUUCACAGAAGCAGUCUGUUUCUCCCCCCCCCCCACCCCCACCCACCCCUCCUCCCCAAGCUGUUUAACGGUCAACUAUAUAGGGUCUGAUUUCAAAACUCAUUGAAGUCAAUGGCAGUCUUUCCAUUGAUUUCAACAAAGCUGGAUCAGGCCCACAGAAAACAAGAUUCUCUUACAAAUACUGUACCUACCUAUGUACUGGUGUGUUAAUUUAAUCCACAAAGACUCCCUAACUCUGUGCCUAAUGGCUGUAAUAUUUUUCAAAAAAAUACGGUGUGGACAGGUUACAAUGCUUAACAUACAAUCUUCUUAAUCUACACAUUCCUCCAGUGAGUUUGUAAUUCUUUGAGGUGGAAAAUAGGAAUAGGGUAAGGGAUUGUUGCAUAUUUUAUUUACACCUUGAUUUUAAGAUAGAUCUAACCUACUGUACUUUAAAAUGGCUUUUUAUCUUACAGGUUUAAAUAAUAAGUUAAAUAAUAAGGAAGAUGGAUAAUUCUGUAUGACGUUUCCAAUUAAUUUGGUAACAAAUAGAUAAUGACAAGGAAAAUCUGUUUGUUUUUUAAAAGAUUAUUUAGUACUCUAACUUUUUAAAAACAAACUUCUCUGCUAGAAAUGCUAACUAGCAACUAUUCCAAUUGUUGUCUAAUGUAUUUUACUAUGUGUAGAAUACAAAACCAUUUAUGCAAUGAGAAAAAGCAACCCUAGCCAAUCGAAACACUAACCUGUCUACCUCAAUUUAAAUGCUAGAUUACCAUUGUUGACUUCAACAUUUUUUUAGAACUUUCUGACCACAAAACAAAUAGUACCAACCAGCUAUUUUGAUAAUACUGUGAACUUUUAAGUGUGACGGUAAUUUAACAAAUGCACCUUUAAAAGAAUCUAACAGACUUUUAAAAUGUAUGAUAGUGGGACAUUCAGGUGAAAAACUAACAGGGAAAUUUUCCUCAGACUAUAGAUUUUUAUAUAUGGAUAGCCAACUGGAAAUACAAGUUUAGGUGACUAUUUUUGUGUUGCUUGUCCUAUAAAUGUUAAGUAUUGUGUUUGACCCAAUUACAAUAAAGAGUUAUAAAACCAAGGUUUAAUGAUGUUAGGUAUUUCAUAACAAAAUGCCUGCAUGACCUCUACUAAAACAAUGUGUAUCUGAACAGUGUGUUCCUCUUGCCUCUUCUUUCUGUCUGGAUGUUCACACAGUUCAACAUAAUUCCAAAGAGCAUGUGAAUUUUGUGUUUAGUGCCAUGUGAUAUUUCCAAUGAGUGUAUUAAAGUUGGUUAAAAGUAAAACUAACCUAAAUAAAA